UAAAAGAUGACCCAUUGUAGACAUGUUUUUUUGUCAUUUCUUAAUUACAUGCAAGACUUAAGAUAAGGCUAUCUUAUCAACCAUUGUACAUGCCCUUACUCACCGAGGCCCGACCCGAGGAAAGCGGAUCGAGUCCGCGCGAGACAACAUGUGACGAAUAUACAGGAGGAAGGUUCGUCGCACGGACGGCGGCCCGUCGGGUCUACGAAAACACGCACGCGCGCGAUUAAGCAAAACACCGCAUACGGGUUCUGUGUGGCCGAGGUGGCGUGGUUGGUGGUGGCUUGGUGACUUGGAAGUGUAUAGGGUUGGUGGAGCGCGAGAUUGGUGACUUGGAAGUUUUGUAAAACAUCCGUAAACGACUGUACGCCUAGGAUUAUUGCUCUCAUCACCUUCAUGUUCCUCCACUUUGCUGCCGACAUGAUGCAUUUCAAGGCGCAAUUCGUUAGGCAGGAGCUCCCAUGCAUGGAGCGAUAGAUCCUAGCACGUCCUCGGGCCUGUUUUUUAUUUCUGCUGGCCCGGGCCGUACGUGGAGUUAUAUAUACACACAUGCAGCCAGCCGGCCAUGCCAUAUUCACCAGACUACAACGAACAACCCUACCUAAGCUCUCUCUCUCUCUCUCUCUCUCUCUCUCUCUCUCUCCCGACGUACGCCGGGCCACGUGCCCCCUUCCUCCUCACCGCCGGUCGGCCAGACGGCCACAGAUCGUUUAGACCACGGCGUGCAAUCAGUGCAGUGGAGCGAGGAACCUGGAUGAUGGCGCCGGCGAACCACGGCAACGCAGCGAGGCGCAAGUCCUCCGUGUGGGACGACUUCCACCGCGUCAGCGUCUCGGGCGCCGCCGGAGCGUGCGCCAUGGCGACGUGCAACAGGUGCGGCAGCACUCUCCAGGCCAGCACAAAGAAGCACGGGACCUCGCACCUGCGGCGCCACGCCAACAGCAGCUGCUGCGCGAAGCGGGCCGCCGAACGAAACACCAAGUGGGCGGAUGAACUCCUGGUCGAGCCUGAGUUGGACUUCGCCGGCCGCCUCAUCAUCGAAGGAGUGGACGGGGAAGUGGAUACGGCGGCCGCCGCAGAUGAUGGACGUCUUUCCCCCAACGUCAUUCCAGAUGCACUGCCCCAGGCACCGGCUUCGUCGUCCACGCGCUUCUUCCAGAAGAAAAGAGAGAGGUCUGCCAAGUUGGCUUCGCACGAAGGAGAGACGACAGGCGACGACGACCAUUCUUCUCGUGCAAAGGACUGGAUGCCGACCGUCGUCGACGACAAUUUCCUGCUUGGCAUGGAUUUUACUUUGGAAGAUUGGGAGUGAUCCUACACAACUGUAUAUAUCGGUUCACCUAGAAUAUUAGCGUUACUUUGUUCAAUCAGUUUACCUUAAUUUGGUUCAUUCUUCACUCCGCACACGUAGAUCUGUAGGGUGCACCAGCUAGAAGAACGGUGUAGGGUAAUUUCAUGUGUAAAACGAUACCAACAUUUGGACCAUAAAUAAUCACCCUCUUUUGUUUCCAA